CAGGUAGGCGGCAUCCGCCAUGCGCUGCUCCAGCUGCGCAGGAGGACGAGCGCGCCGCGUAAAAAUGCAGGACAGAGGAAUAACAGCAGGCGCCUGCCUCCGACAUCAGCUUCAAUCUGACUGGGUGACAGGAGGCGGGCUCUCACUGUGUGGGGACCGCCGCCAUGGCGCCACAUGUGGCAACCCACGGUAGGCUUGGGCAACCGUAAGCAAGAGUGGAUGUUCAAGGUGCCGAUGUUUUUGUCUAACAUGAUCCUUCAUCUGGGGCCCAACUGAGCUGAGAGGAAAACUCAGCGCAUGUCCCCUGUGUUCCACACCACUGCCUUUCAUGUUGCAUUUUGUGAUCUAACAUAGAGGCUGAGGGCACACAUCGGGAGGGUGAGCUCUUGUUUUUAACGCUAAGCCAUGAUUUGGCCUUAUCUGCUGGCAGCAUUGUGGACCUCCUGUUUGUGCGGCACAGCAUCAGCAAUGCGCACAUCACUGCAAACGCGGCAGGCCGAGGAGUCCAACACCACUGCGGCAGGCAGCGGCGGAACCACUGGCAGCGGCGGCCUGUGCCCGCCCCUAAUGCGCGAGCUGCUGGCCAGUCGAGCCAAGCAGAACACCAUCAUGUUUGCUGUGAUCAACGAGGCACAAUUUGAUUUUGCCCGCAAUUGGCUACACUGGGUGAAGAAGGUGGGCAUCGAUUACUAUUUCGUUGCGGCCACGGAUGCCAACACCUCUCGGCGGCUCAUCGACAUGGACGAGCCCUGCUUCGACCGCGUCGACGAGAAAGUGACAGCCCUAGGCCUUCAGUGGGGCCACGAGGGCUGGCGGCAUAUGACUUGGGCCAAGGUGUUUGUGCUGGACGCCAUUGUCGACUGGGGUUUUAAUGUGGUUGUGUCAGAUGUGGAUGUGGUGUGGUUCAAGGACCCGCUGCCUCUGUUUGACAUCCACCAGGACGCAGGCAAGCGUAUCAGGGCGACCUGUUGUUCAGCGAGGAUGGCACGGGCAGCCAUAAUGAUCCUGGCGAUAGCGGACUGGAGAAGGGCGGCAGCCCACAUCACAACUUCAACACUGGAGUGCGCCUACAAGCUAAUGCGCACGCCCAUUGUCCAGCCCCACCCCACCGCCGAGCGCUUGAAAGGUGCUUUCAACAACUCUGUCUGGAUGGGCAUCAUCCCGCCCAGCAUUGCCUCAAAUGCCCACUCUUACUUCCUGCAGCGGCUGCACAAGGUGAAGCAAGUAGAGCCCUACAUGGUGCACAUGACAUGGACCUACAACGGCAUCCCUGGCAAGCGCUCUCGCCUCCGCGACGCGGGGCUUUGGAUGGUGGACUCGCCCGAAUAUUACAACGAUGGCAGCUUUGUGACGGUGGACCUUAAUCACCCAGAGGCGCCGCUGGAUUACAACAGCUGGAACGAGAAUGAGGACAUGGUUUCAUAUCAUCUGGACUCCAUCCACAAACAGCUGCAGCAGGUAUACGUGGGCAUGGCUUUGGCGGCAGUCGCAAAGCGAGCGUUUAUCCUGCCACAGUUUCAAUGUUACUGUGAAAAGAUCUGGUACAGCGUGGUACGUUGUCGUGUGGUGGAUGCCCAGACCAUGCCGCUCCCUGUGCCGUGCCCCCAGGACUACCUUUUUGACCCAGGGCAUUAUGUCGACUUCCCGGACGCUCACGGUCCGCCGCUCAAUGUGCGGGAGGCCUCUUUCCUGCAGCACGAGGCGGUUCCUGAUGAGAUCAAGGACUCGGUGCUGACGAUCCGGCCCUCUGCGGAACUGGGCUGCACUGACUGCACAAAAGAAGAGGCGGCGGAAGGUGGUGGUAAAACUGUACUUGUGCCGCCUGGCUUAAAGGACGGGCAGCUGCUCCUGCUACUGGGAGACAAAUAUGCGAGCUAUCGUGUGUGGCGACUCAGCUUCACCGGGGUGGGCACCACACGGCGGGCUUUUGGAGGUUUCAGCAAUGCGACUCACGCUAUCCAGUUUGAUAAGCGCAUGGAGCACAUCACAACAAGUUUCUGCUGCAGGAGGAAGGAGGAGACAGGGCGAUACCACAAGGAGAAAGAAAUGGCGGUGAUGCUGCAGAUGUAUAAAGAAUUCAAUUUCAGCAGCCUGCACGCUGCGCCGCCAAGGUUGUAAGUGACCAAGCGGGCCGCAGACGCAGCCGUGGUGAGGCGGCAAUGCCGCGUGCCAGCCUGCUGAGCACAGCUGCGAACAAGAGAGACGAAAUGGCAUGGGCCAGUACAUGCGGGCGGCAGGGCGAUGCUCUCCAGGUCGAACUGUCUCAUGGCCAACGAAGUCGAGCGGGCAUCGCUCGCUCGACCCCGCCUGUGAACCGCCUAAUGGUGCCAUCGCGGGUUCUCCAUCAUCAAUCUUGCAUCAUGGAUGCCAAGCACCGCAUAGGCAAAAUUUAUGACGAUCGAGGGCGGCAUGCAGCGCGGCGAGGAGGACCCGUUCGCAUGUACCUCUGAAGUCUACCUCGACGCAGGCGCGCAGGCAUUCUUGGACGUACGACUGGUUGCAUGGGUGGACCGACCAAGCCCCUGCCAAAUGAGAGAAAUAGGCUCCCGUGCCUCUGUUU